GUAAUCACCAGGGAUUACAGACGGUGGCAUUCGUAAAAAAUAAAUUAAAAUUAUUGCCACUGUAGGUCAUAAAUGUCAUUUAAAAAAGGUUGUUUGUUUGAUACCUUUUGGUAAAUUAUGUUAACACAACAUGUUAGGUUUCUAACUGUUGAACUCUCGAACUAUGGCUCUUCUUUUCACCCAUUUACGUGCAUUAAUAUAACAUUUCCCGUCUAAAAUAACCACAUUUAAAAUAAAACUAGCUCUCUCCAGCUAUGACGUCAUCGUGGCAUCACUUUCCAAAAUGGCGGCAUUUGCGUAGCGACACCGCUGCUAGCAGAGAGGGGAUCGUUGGAGAGAAACGGGUACAGGCUCCAUUCUGAUUUCUUGCCGUGUAUUGCUGGAUGUGAAGCCCCAGGACGAUUUAGUAACUUAGUAACUAGCUAACUACCCUGUUUACUGAUUAAUUUGACCGUGUAAGUGUGGCGUAUUUAGUCAGCCUCCUCGCACUAAUCCGUGUUAGCCCCGUUAGCUCGUGACGCUAGAAUGCAGCCGAUUCGGCGUCUCCGCAUACAAUCACUGGCCACUUUAUUAGGUACACCUGCAAACCGGGUUUUAAUAUAAAAUGGCUAAAUUUGACAAUGCGGGAAAAAUCAGUUGCUCUUAAUGUUAAUAGUUUGAAAGGACAGAGAUAUAUUUGAUUACAUUUCGAUGACCUAUUUAGUUAUAGCUAUGUUAUUACACUUUGACCAGGCAAAAAAAAAAAAUAAAAAAAAUAUAUAUAUAUAUAUAUAUACACAUAUAUAUAUAUAUAUAUAUAUAUAUAUAUAUAUAUAUAUAUACAGUUGUCACAUUUGUCAGAAAUGUAAUGCUGCCACACCAGCAAAAUAGAAACCAGUCAAUAUCAUAACAUGAAAAGUUAUUAGUUUAAACAAUAAACGUUUCAUGUUAUAGCUGGAGAUGGCUCAGUGUCACUUUUUAUUUGAAUAUCGACCACUAUCAGUCCGAUACUUGUUGACAACACAUUCACCACCUACACCCAUUUCAAGCAAUUUCAAAGACAAGAAUAAUUCUCAUCUCGUCCCUUGUGAAGUAGAAAUAAAAAGUGACUCGGCUAAAAUGCUGUUGCUGAUCUUUAUCUCUAUAAUAUACAAUGGUUUAUUGUUAGAACAAUAUACAGGUCUUUUUCAGUAUAGUAUAGUACAUACUGUAUAUUUGAGAUGAAUAGGUCCUUGGCAGAAGUGGAUCCCUGACCUGUUGUGCCAUAUGUUGUAAUCUGAUCAUUGAGAUUUGACACCAUCACCGGCUGUUCAGACUACUUUCAUCCACAAUGUUUAAUAACAGCAGAAUCUCUCCUCAUCUCGACCUGAGCUUGAGGUGGAAUCUUGUAAAUGAACCACGUCCCUCAGUUUUCAUUUCACUGGUUUGGCAGCACUACGCUGAGAUAUGGGACAGUCUGACCAUUCGAUGUCUGUAUUUACACCGUCGCUGUUGUAGCGACAAUCAUUUCAGAGCUCACACCUGCUGAGGAGAAGAUUUGGAGGAGUUCGACAGAUGAAGAAAUGAAAUGAAUUCUUCUGAAGAGUUGAAACAGGAGGACAAAGAAGAAAGCAGACCCCAUCAGUGUCAGAGCUGUGGGAAAUGUUUCCGCCGGAUUUGCAGUCUGAGAAGACACGAAAUCACCCACGACGCAGAGAAACUCCAUCACUGCGAGCUGUGCGGCAGCAGUUUCAGCCAACUGAGCGCGUACAAUCUCCACCUGUAUACUCACCCGGAAGAGACGGCGUACCGCUGUGACCAGUGCGGGGAGGAUUUCAGCGAGCAGAGCUCCUACAGAAAACACCUGCGUGACCACAAUGGACCGUACCAGUGUGUCCAGUGUGAAAAGACUUUCACGUACUUCAGUAUAUACAAGAUACACAUGCGCGUCCACACCAAAGAGAAGCCCUACUGCUGUGACCAGUGUCCAAAGAGUUUCAGUUUUUUAAGUUCAUACAAGCGACACUUGCUAAGUCACAGUGGAGAGAAACCCUACCAGUGUGACUUCUGUGGAAAAGGUUUCACCCAGUCAGGACAUUUUAACCUGCACCUGCGCAACCACACAGGCGAGAAACCCUACGAGUGCGAACAAUGUCAGAAGAGUUUCAACGACGUCAGUAGUUACAAAAUACACCUACGCGUCCACACCGGAGAGAAGCCAUACUGCUGUGACCAGUGUGGGAGGAGCUUCUCCCAGCUCGGGAACUACAAGUCACAUCUGCGCAUCCACACAGGAGAGAAACCAUUCCAGUGCGAGUUAUGUGACAAGAGUUUCUCCAUCUCAAAGACAUACAAACUCCACGUGCGCACGCACACCGGAGAGAAACCGUACAAGUGUGAAGAAUGUGGCAAAUGCUUUGGUCGCCCCAGCAACCACAUGCGCCACGUUCGUAUCCACAGCGGGGAGCAGCCGUACAAAUGUGACCAGUGUGGGAAAUGCUUCAACAGUUCUUUCAGUUAUGGCCGCCACAAGCGCGUCCACACCGGAGAGAAGCCUUACUGGUGUUCACAGUGCAAGAGGCUGUUCACACGUUCACACACUCUGAAGAAACACCGCUGCGUCAGACUCGAUGAAGACCGUUCAACAGCGAUCACCAGAGAGGAGCAGACGAGGACCUGCUCGACAAUGGCACCAACCAUUAACAACCAACAACAGUCAAUCAUUUGAAGUACAUGUCUGUGUGGUAUUGGAACAACAUGGUGCCCAUGAGUGUGUGACUCGGGCUGCAUUUGUCUGUCCUAACCCUGCUGAGGGGCCAUCCACACGGAAACUGCGUUUUAGGAGAGACCUGAAACUAUUUUUUGUAAACACGUGGGAUGCUGGCCUUGCGUUUCCGUGGAGACAGUGAAUACGCUACUUAACCUCAUAUUCCCACGCCUCUCUUGUGCUGUCAUUCAUCGUCUUGUGCUUUGGAGAUUGGAUAUCGGAAAGUAUUUAGGUUUAUAUCGGAAAGUCGCCAGAUGAUUUUUUUAAGUAAAAAAGAAAAAAAGUAUUUGGUGUAGCGUUACAGCGCCACCCACGGUCCUGGCAACUUUUAUUAACGCGGCAAAGAAGAGCCUGUGAUAAUAUUGACCAAACUCAACAGGUGUCAAGCUCCACCUUAACCCGACAUGCCUCAAUACUCUUGUCUGUCACGGUGGUUGUUAGCCUUUAUUAUUAUGCCAGUUGACUCAUUGACACCAUUCGUUAAUCCUGUACUGGGAUUGUAUUCUAUAUGUAAGUGGUUGUUCUAUGGUUCAACUUGCAGAUGGAAACACUUGAAAUUAAAGUGUUGAUGAAAUAGAGUUGGAAAAGUGCAAUAAGAGCUUUUGUCUUCUGACGUCUGUAAAUAUGAAACUACGAGCACGUGUUUCAAAUUACUCCUCUUGUAACUUGUUUGUACUUUGUCAAGUGUAUUCUAUUAUUGUAUAUUUUAUACAUGAUUACUAUCUAUUUGACUGGAAAGGGAGGAGGUGGGUUGUGCGAUCUGAAAAUGCAAUGUUGUUGUGGAAGAUGGAAAAUGACACCAUCAGUGUUGGAGCAUACGAACAUGUUCUGUAAAAUGAACGUUUCAAUAAAGGAAUUAAGAAUGAA